AUGAAAGGACAUGGUCAGACAUAUCGGGUGGACAAGUCUAAUGUGUAUCGGCACCGGCAGUAUAAGCCGACCAACCGCAAUCUACUCGAUCACCACGACAUUGCCGUAUAUCGGUUGGACAAAGACAUUGAGUUUCAGGUGCUAUAUAUACACUAUAAGUCUCGGUAUAUGUCUCGGUAUAUGUCUCGGUAUAUGUCAAACACCAUAUGUUUGCCAAAACAAAAACUAUUUAUCGAUCGCAACGGCGUUGAAGUGAACCCGCAUUUGUUGGACUCGGAAACGCCGGCCACAAUGUAUGGCUGGGGUCAACGCUAUGGUAAUCCCCCAGACGAUAGCGAUAUUAUAUGGGACCGACUUUGGGACUAUAAGGAACGCCUUCAGAGAGCAGAGAUCACUCUGGAGCGGGAGCUGAAGAAAUGGCGGUGGCUUUUGUGCGCGGAGAUCAGGCACUGGCCGUUCAACUCUGUUUGCGCUGUGGAUUCCGGGGCGCCGUUGGUUCAGUACACUAACACUGACCGCACUAGAGCUGUGCUCAUAGGGAUUACGACUGGAAUACUAUGCGCUACAAACGCACAUAUAUUGGUGUGGACUCCCGUUUCCGUAUAUAUCGAUGACAUGAUAAGUGUUGUGUCGAUGUUUUGGGAAAUUGGUUACUAUCCAAACAUUAGUGAUAAAAAUUGUGGUCUGAGAUAUGCCCCACAAAAAGUGCCCAUCAAUUACCCGAUCAAAUGUUUCGCAAACAAUAUCAAUAACCAAACGGCUGAUGACGUUUACGGUGACGCCGACCGUACAAAUGGCGGCCAAACCGUCAAUAUAUCGGGCAUUAACUUCAAGGACUGGGCUUUGGAUACAGAUAUUUGGAAAGGACGUGGUCAGACAUAUCGGGUGGACGAGUCUAAUAUUUACCGGCACCGACAAUUUACCAACUUUCUUAAUCCUUACACACUUUAUGAACCCUAUUCCUACGAUAUUGCCGUUUAUCGAUUAGACAGAGACAUGGAGUUCGAUGUGCUGUACCAAUACAAAGAGUCUCCAUAUAUGGCAAACACCAUAUGUUUGCCGAAACAAAAACUAUUUAUCGAUCGCAACGGCGUUGAAGUGAACCCGCAUUUGUUGGACUCGGAAACGGCGGCCACAAUGUAUGGCUGGGGUCAGCGCUAUGGCGUAACCCUAGUAACGCAAGAGGGCGAUUAUAGGGACCACCUUCAGCGGGCAGAGAUCACACUGGAGGGGGAUCUGAAGAAAUCUCGGUGGUUUUUGAGCGCCGAUGACAAGAACUUGAGGCAAUUUUGUCAUGUGGAUUCCGGGGCGCCGUUGGUUCAGUACACGCACAUUGACCGCAACAGAGCUGUGUUGAUCGGCAUUACGACUAAUUAUUUAUGCUAUAAAGGCCUACAUUUAGUAGUGUGGACUCCAGUUUCCCGAAUAAACUACGGCCGAGCCGUUAGUAUAUCGGGCAUUAACUUAAAGGACUGGGCUUUGGAUACAGAGUUAGGAGAAUCUCCUUUCACUUUCAAGCCGAGCCAAAUCAAUCCCUACGAUAUUGCCGUUUAUCGGUUAGACAGAGACAUGGACUUCAAUAUACCGUAUCAAUACAAAGAGUCUCGAUAUAUGGCAAACACCAUAUGUUUGCCAAAACAAAAACUAUUUAUCGAUCGCAACGGCGUUGAAGUGAACCCGCAUUUGUUGGACUCGGAAACGGCGGCCACAAUGUAUGGCUGGGGUCAGGUUAAACGCUAUGCCUUAAGCGAUGUAAGAUAUGCCCCACAAAAAGUGCCCAUCAAUUACCCGAUCAAAUGUUUCGCAAACGCUGUCAAUAACCACACGACUGAUGACGUUUACGGGGACGCCGACAGUAUAGACUACGUCCAAACCGUCAAUAUAUCGGGCAUUAACUUUAAGGACUGGGGUUUGAGUACAGAUACGUAUCGGGUGAAUGAGUCUGAUAUUUACCGGCACCGACAGUUUAAGCCGAGCCAACUCAGUCAACUCAAUCAACACGAUAUUGCCGUUUAUAGGUUAGACAGAGACAUAGACUUCAAUGUGCUGUACCAAUACAAUGGGCAUCGAUAUAUUGCAAACAUCAUAUGUUUGCCAAAACAAAAACUAUUUAUCGAUCGCAACGGCGUUGAAGUGAACCCGCAUUUGUUGGACUCGGAAACGCCGGCCACAAUGUAUGGCUGGGGUCAGCGCUAUGGCGUAAAAAUAGUAACGAGUGAAACCGAUUAUAGGGAACGCCUUCAGAGGGCAGAGAUUACACUUGAGGGGGAUCUGAAGAGAUCUCGGUGGUUUUUGGGCGCCGAGGCCAAGAACUUGUACUGGCGGCCAUUUUGCCAUGUGGAUUCCGGGGCGCCGUUGGUUCAGUACACGCACAUUGACCGCAACAGAGCUGUGUUGAUCGGCAUUACGACUAAUUAUUUAUGCUAUAAAGGCCUACAUUUAGUGGUGUGGACUCCAGUUUCCGUAUAUAUUGAUCACAUGAUUAGUAUCAUUGAAGCCGUGGACAACGGAAAGCCAGUCCCAUAG